GCCGUUCACAUGUACAGAGUGUGGAAAACGUUUUACAGAAAUGAGUAGACUGAAAACUCAUGAAAGGAUUCACACAGGGGAAAAGCCUUUCACAUGUACAGAGUGUGGGAAACGUUUUCCACGAAAGAGUAGUCUGAAAGCUCAUGAAAGAAUACACACAGGGGAAAAGUUUUCCACUAAAGAGAGAUCUGAAAACUCAUGAAAUGAUUCACACAGGGGAAAAGCCGUUCACAUGUACAGAGUGUGGAAAAAGUUUUACAGAAAUGAGUAGACUGAAAACUCAUGAAAGGAUUCACACAGGGGAAAAGCCUUUCACAUGCACAGAGUGUGGGAAAAGUUUUACACAAAAGAGUUUUCUAAAAACUCAUGAAAGGAUUCACACAGGGGAAAAGCCUUUCACAUGUACAGAGUGUGAGAAAAGUUUUACACAAAAGAGGCAUCUGAAAACUCAUGAAAGGAUUCACACAGGGGGAAAGCAUUUCACAUGUACAGAGUGUGGAAAAAGUUUUACACGAAUGGAUCGUCUGAAAACUCAUGAAAUGAGUCACACAGGAGAAAAGCCAUUCACAUGUACAGAGUGUGGAAAAAGUUUUACAGGAAUGAGUAGUUUGAAAACUCAUGAAAGGAGUCACACAGGAGAAAAGCCAUUCACAUGUACAGAGUGUGGAAAAAGUUUUACACAAAUGGAUAAUCUUAAAACUCAUGAAAAGAUUCACAAGGGAAGAAACCUUUCACAUAUUUAGAAAGUGGGAAAAAAAAUGUUUUACAUCCGGUAUCACAAAACACUAAAUAUUUACACACAAAUAAACUUUAUAUGCACAGUGUACAAACAUUUUUACAAUUAUCCUAAAGAGGACAAACUCUCUAAAUAGAAGCAACAAAAAGGAUCCUAUUGAGAAAGCCCCACUCCUUAAGGGUGAAACGUUGAAGGUGAUAAGCAUACUCUCUGUGGAACUUAAGAAUUUGGAGUUUAUUCUAAACGCAAGGACUCUGCGUACUUAGUACCUAUGUGCAGAGACCUAAGGCUUUCCUGACGGCUGGGAGGUAAAUAGUAACCAUACCAAGACUUGCGCAAGUGAAGAUCGUUACUAAAGAAACCCAGUAUCCUGAGAUGCACCAAACACAGCGUACCUGCCGGUGGGGAACAGCCGGACAAGACAUCAAUAAGGAGCAGGUGAGAACAUGUGUGAUUAAGAGCACAGGGUUCCCUGCACUGAUAAUGUCAGAUAUAAUUAGAGGAGACUAACACGCUUAAUUAAUCCUGUGACAAAAAAAGUGAUACUUUUGGAAAGAGACUGUAUUAGCACACCCAGCACCAAGAGUGUUUGUAAUUUGGAAGCGCAUUUGGAAAGAGGUGGUGAUUGGAUAACCAAGUUGUUUAAGAACAUUGCACAUUAUUUACAAUUGGAGACAGCUGAUACUGUUUGAACUGACUAACAGCAAGUUAACACUACGGUUCUCUUAUAUCAAACAUUGCACUGGUGGUUAUAUGUUGCAUAGUGUUUACAUAGGAUACGAUCAGUAAGGAAAUUCAUAGAAGCUCGAUAUACCUAAAAAAGUUGAAGGAGCAUUUUAUGUUUGAAUUAUUUUAUUGUUGAUUAAGCACUGAUAUUGACCUGUUAUUUUAUCAAUUUUUAUAUAGUAUAGUUAAAGUUAUCAGUGAAUAAAAAUUGUAGGCUGUAUGAAUGGUGAUUGUAACUGUUUUGGGCCAAAACGUAUGAUUGAAUUUGUGAUGAUAUUUGAACAAUUUUUUAAUGACAUUUGAAUUGUCUUCAUACUGUGUUUAAUAAAUUAAGUGUUUUGAAGAGCUGACUGCAUCUAGUAAGAAUUUUUUUAAAAGAGGGAAUUUUUAAGAGUUUGUAUUAGUAUUUAACCCACAGCUUUUUUAAGCGCCACCUGAAUUUUCCCAUUUGUUACAAUUAUCCUAAAGAGGACAAACUCUCUAAAUAGAAGCAACAAAAAGGAUCCUAUUGUAGAUAAUAUUUACUAAAUCUCAGUUAUAAAAGCCCCAGAUUGGAAGUGCUCUUCUGCUGUCCUUUAUUCCUCUAUAUAUGUGCACCUCAGUUUCUCUCAUAUCAGUGUGAUAGACUCCAAACACCACACAGGAAUAUACAGAUCUGUCCUCAUACUGACCCGUUUACACAACCACUCACCACCAAAGCACCCCCAGUGUUUAUUAAUAUGCCAGUGUUAGGAGUUGUACGUUUGUUUUACAUAGGGGAGACAAUUAUUACAUUUACAGAAUAAAGGAGUCUUUAUAUGAAUAGAGUGUUAGAGACUUAUAUAAACAAGAACAUCAGUCUCAAAUGAUUGACAUAUGGGAGAUAUAUUUAAUGUGCACAUCAUGCGGAUAAACCUUUUCUUAUAGCAAUAGAUGCUUAGCAUUGUACAUGUUAUAUACCAGAGGAAUUACUGGGGGGAAACUGAUUUUAUUUAAUGAGACACAAUAUCAGUAACCGGUACAUACGUGAUCAUAAUCAGUUUCAUUUAAAUGGCUACUUUAACCUACAUGUAUACUGGGUAUGUAAUAUGUGUGUCAUGUUCUGUAACUUGAUAUUAUGUCUGUUAUAUGUUUUCAUGUUAGUUAGAAGCCACAAGAACUGAUAAUAGCACAUACUGUAUAUAUAAAGGGAACAUUAUAUGUCUGAUAAAUCCCUUUGUAUCAAGAGCACAAGUGUUAGGUAUAUUUAUACCAUUGUGUGCGUAUAUCAUGUAAUGUUGCUUUUUACUAUAUAAAUGAUAUACAAUGUUUUUUCAAGCAAAUAAAAAGUGAUUGUAAUCCAAA